CAUAAAUGAACUCAACUAACAAUGGCGCAUACCACAGCUCCCUCUCACUUUCUACUCUUACCCUCCCUUCGCAGAACACCGAUUAAACCCUCCGACUACAGAUGUUCUGCUUCCUUCUCCAUCUACAUUCGUUCACUCUACUCUUCCUCUUGUCACCAUCACACAAGCAGGUCCAUUGAGUCAUCAAACUACAUAGAGACCUUUGCUAAGCGCAUGGCUAUGGCUGGGCUUAAACCUCACCACCGUAUUGCUUUGGGUGUCUCUGGCGGUCCCGAUAGUAUGGCAUUGUGUCUAUUAGCUGCAUCUUGGAAAACAAACAAUCGAAGUGUUGGUCUCAUUAGUGAUAAGAAAAGUGAGUACAUUGAUGGACUUCUGGCUGUAGUAGUGGACCAUGGGUUGCGAGCUGAGAGCAAAGAAGAGGCAAAUCUUGUUCAGCGCCGAGUCACCAAUAUGGGAAUUAAAUGUGAGAUUGCUCACUGUGAAUGGUUGGAAGGUAGACCCAAACAGGGCCACUUGCAAGAAGAGGCUCGCAAUAAAAGGUAUGAAAUUUUACAAAGUGUUUGUAUCCAACAUCAGAUGAGUGUGUUCUUAAUCGCUCAUCAUGCUGAUGACCAGGUUUGAGCUGAGAAAUUAUUGUACGGACUACAACACAAAAUCUGUAACAUAAAGUCAAUCAUGGAUUGUUUAAUUUCAUACACAGGCAGAGUUAUUUGUUCUGAGGUUGUCUCGGCAUAGCAGUGUGCUUGGGCUUUCUGGCAUGCCGUUUGUAUCCGAAUUGUACAAUAGAAACGUGUUUACCAAUCUGGUCUAUUUUCAACACUGUAAAACGUUAUUGGUUAGACCUCUCUUGGAGUUUUCAAAAGAAGAUAUGUACAAGAUAUGCCAAGCUGCCGACCAAAAAUGGGUGGAAGAUCCAACAAAUCAAAGUCAAGUAUUUGCCCGGAAUAGAAUUCGAUUAGCAUUGACAGGCUUGUCAUCGUCUACCUUCAAAGCUGAAUUACAAUCAGUUAUAACAACCUGCCAGAGAACAAGGAUGCAUAUUGAUAGGAUUUGUUCCAAUCUAAUUCAUCAUGUCGUGAUCAUCGCACCCCUAGGCUAUGCAGUGAUUGAUUUAGGACUUCUCAAUUCCUCUGAAGUCCAGGACAUAAUCCUUUCAAAGUUCAUCUCCUUGAUUUUGCAGUUUGUGUCCCAGAGAAGAAGACAUAUUCGAGGAAGCGCUUUAAAGUUGGUUCUUGAUUAUAUCCGUACUUCUCCAUGCAAGACCUGUCUUACAGCAGCUGGUUGUUACCUAAGCCCAGUUCCUGGUUCCAAAGGAACCAAAUUGAUGGUUUGCUGCUCUCCCAAUGACAAUCUCCCUUUGAAGACAGAAUUAUUGGAUACGUUUACCAACAAUGAACAGAAGUGUUCACCAAGCGAUGAAGAGCAAAUAAUAGCUGAAUUAAAAUUGUAUGCAGAUCAGUUUUACCAGGAUGAUACGGGGCUGGACAUUCUAGAUUUAAGAACUGCAGAUUCUGUUCUAGUUGAAGCCAAAAGGAAAGGCAUUCUAAGUGACUCUACCUAUAAGUGCAUUGUUUCUUUGCAGGAAAAAGAGGGUGAAAAUUUCAGGUCACAAUCUGAUAUAAUCCGUGGUUUCAAGUUAGAAAACGAAGAAACUGUUAACUAUUAUCCAAGAAGAGUGCUUUACCAAGAGCACAUUGGUUACUUCAUGAAUAGAUUCCUGGUGAAAUGGAAUAUGAGCAAAAAAUUUGAAGAACGGGGUAACUUUUGCAGCUUGUGUGCCAUUGGUCAAGAUUUGGCAGCCGAGGUGCGUCACAUGGUGGAUGCUGAUUGGUUAUACCUUGCAAAAUUAGCAAAUACUAGCAAACAAUUAGUGUUAGCUUCAGGUGAUGUCAGGAAUGGGCGAAUCUCACGUGCUGAUUAUGUGAAGCAAUCAGCUCAAAGGGCUCUUGUUGCAUUGAAGUCCAUUCCAGUUGCCGCAAGAAGAGCUCUACCUGUCCUGGUUAACAGUGAUGGAUUACUAUUAAGCAUCCCGAGUGUUGGCUUCGAGCAUUGUCCCUGCUUUGUGGCGUCUGCUGUGUUCAAGCCGAUGGUCCCUCUUGGUGGUGGUUACUGUACAUUUCUAUAGUUAUUAUUAUAACCCAGUUUAUAUAUAUAAUAUAUUUGUGGACUUGGUUUCUACACCUGUAUACAUGUACUUAGAUUUGAACUUGCAACACUUUAUUUCAAAAGCCAAUGUUAA